GGAAUCUCCGGCUGACGUUUAUUCCCACACCAAGUGCGCACGUCUCACACCUAGUGACUAGUGACUAUCCUCGCCUAAUUUGAUCAUUUCUUCAGUGAUAGCGAGAACCCCGUGAUAUCCUAGCGAAUAUCACCUUUCUUUGCCUCUCUACUCUCUGGAGCAACGACAACGAGCUCACUUAGUCAUUGCGGUCUUGUCGUCAUUCGCGGGUGUCCUCACAGACCGCCAUGAAGCUCUUGACGCAUAACAUGCUGCAGUGCACGGUGAAAGGGGUUACCAAGGGUUACCCGCUGAAGAUCGAAGCUGUAAAGUAUGAGGAGCGUGAAGCAGACUUCAAUCCCGACUUUUUACGGCACAUCUUCCCUAAGAUCGACUUUCCAGCCCUCAGAGAGGCCGCUGAAGCGCUCGGCGUGACUGACUUGCCCCCACAGGCAGAUGCUUCCAUGCUGGACGACGAGGACUUUCUGAGAAAGUUCCAUCACGCGCUCAUGGAGGUUCAUUUAGAGGAGGGAGCCCUGAUUUGCCCAGAGACUGGCAGAAAGUUCCCUGUAUCCAAGGGCAUACCAAACAUGCUACUGAAUGAAGAUGAGAUCUGAGCUGGCACGUCUUUAUCUCGUUCCACCCUAGCAUGGCGAUUUGAAUACGGGAUAAAGUCAAAACGUCUUGUUUGUAGGUAUUAUCAGAAUUGAGAAGUGAAUAUCAGAUAGAGUGAGAGUACACACAGAUAUACCUACGUGCUGUACUCUCUAAGAGGUGACCCUAUAC